GGGGAAAAAACCCUGAGAGACGUUCCGAUUGUGGUACAGUUUUGUAGUGUUCCUUCCAAGCUUAUGGGUCCCAGGAGGUUUCUUGAGUUUCAGUGUUAUUUUGGCGGAUUUCAUAUUUUUUUUCAUACCGGAAAUGUUAUGGUUAUACCCAUUCUACUUUCACUUUUAGUAAACCUUUUGUUCGAAUUUUCUCGGCGGGAAUAUUGCAUCACGAGCAUGCAGGUGUAGGUUCAUGCAGUAUGGAAAAAAAAGACUCUUUAGUGAAGAGAGGAAGAAGGAAAAAGGAAGACACAGAAAAAAAUUCAUUGGAGGACUGUCCACCAGAUGAUGAUGUAAGCCACAACUCUCCAAUAUCAUCCACCCCAGUCACAGCCAAACGCCGAGGGAGGAAGCCAAAGGGAGGCAAUCAAAGUCUACAGACCCCGGAGCCCAAGAGCUAUCCCAAAAGAAACAGGAAAACCCCCAUAAGGGUUGAUUAUCCUAAUGAAGAUGGUGAAGAAAACAGUUCAACAUUAUCUCAUGCAGUGAGUGAUAUCUCGCAGGAUGUAACAAAUGAUUCAGAGCAAGUGACACCCAAACCGAAAACAGGACGCAAAAGAGGUAGACUCAGUAAAAAGUCGCUGGAAUCAGUAGAGGAAACUCCAAUACCAAAGAAGAAAAGGGGAACAUCUGCUGAAGAGGACAAAAAGGAUACAUUAGAUGAUUAUUUUUCUGGAAAAAAAGAGACAAAAGGUAGAAAGGGAAGACAGAAGACAAGGACAGAUUUUGAUUUGAGUGUGGAUGAUUCUAAAGAAGAGGAUGGAACAAGUGGUGAUAAAACUGACAAACAAGAGGGAAAACAGCAGAAAGUUUCUAGUCAGGACACUCCAAGCUCUAAAGGAAGGAGGAGCAUUGGAAGAAAAGCCCGUCAAAAGGGAAAAAACACACAGCAGGAUGUGAGCUCAGAAGAUGGCUGCUCAGAGGAUAGUGAAAGGGAGGUAACUCCUGCAAAAAAAUCCAGUGGAAAAGGAAAGAGAUCAAAGGAUACCGAACAAGUUGCUGGAUCUGAAGUGACUUGCUUACGUUGUCAGGAAAAAUUCCCAGAUUUUUCCAAACUUAAAAAUCACUUAAUGAGGAAACAUUGUGCAAUGUAUAGUCCAGAUUGCCCAGAGGGGAAUGAUGACCGCAGCUCGGUACGACAGAUCCUAAAGAUCAAGAAAGUUUUGUACUGUCCCAAGUGCGACAAAGAACUGAGAAAUAUUCAGUAUUACUUUAAACAUUUUGAGUGGUGUGGAAGAGAGCGUGAGACAUUUACCUGUACAGUCUGUGACAGAAAUUUCAUGAAGAUGUAUGAAUUCGAGCAUUACCGAAAUCACAAACUACUGGAGAGGAAAGAGAAGGAGAGGCAGGAAGAACUCGCUCGACUAAAGGAAAUAAAGAAGAAAAAGGAAGCGGAAGAUGAAUCUGAAACAGAUCAAUCAGGUCGACGGAUGCGAAAAGCGGCCAAAAAGGCAGUCAAUGUUUUGAAAGAUAUCUCUGCCACUGGUGAUGCAUUUGCAGAGGAUGAUAAUGAUGCUGAUCCCGAGGUGAGACUGGAUGAUGAGGAAGAUGCAGAAGACCAGGCUGCUGAUGAGGAUGAUGUAGAAGAAGAUGCCAGUGAUGAAAUUAAUGCAACCAACUCCGAGUCAGAGGCAGAUGAAGACUCAGGGAUGGGUGAAAGAAAAGUAAAAAGACAUUGUGGAUCAGAUGCAUUUAGAGAUAUUUACGUACACAGCUGCAAGAAAAAUUUGAAGAGAUGUCAAAUGAUUGAUAAAAUGCCAGAUGUUUUCCCAGAUCUAAAGCCUGUAAAAUCUCACUGGACACCACAAGAUCCCAAGGAGGCUGCAGAUUUCUUACCAGUAACUCAAGAGAGCACAAGAUUUAGAAUUGUAUCAUCAAAAAAUGAAAAGAAGACCUCUUUAAUGCAACUGAACAAAUUUGAUGCUGAAUAUAAAUGUGGGACCUACAACCUCUUUGUUGGUGGUCCUGUUUGGGGCCUUGCAUGGUGCCCAAUACCACACAAUGUGAAAAGUGACCAGUUUCUGGCUAUAAGCUGUCACAGACAAAUGGAUGAAUUCCAUGAAACAAUGACUACAUACUCAGGGAAUGGCUCAAUUCAACUGUGGAACAUUGGCAAAAAGAAUUCCAUAUAUCCAAAUGAAUCUGCGAAGACCACUCUUCCAUUUGUGGAGUACUGCGUAUCUCAUAUCUAUGGUGUGGUUUACCAAUUAUGCUGGUGUCCUAGCAAUGCAUGGGAGAAUAAUAGCAGUGAAGAGGAGGAAUCAGAGCUACUCCCCAGACUAGGGCUAUUAGCAGGAGCCUUUUCAGAUGGAAAAGUCCAUAUUUACAGCCUGCCACAGCCAAACAGUUUGAAUAAAGAAAAGCAAGAAGGCACACCUGCUACAUUUAAACCAGAACCAGUGUAUUCUCUUGUUCCUUGUCCAACAACUAAACCAGACAGAGUAGUGCCAUGUUUAUGUGUUGACUGGCAGCCAAGGUCUUGUCAGUUUAUAGCAGCAGGCUAUGGAGAUGGUACAUACAGAAUAUGGGACCUGAAGUCGCAGUCCAGCUUACUAAGGAUAGCGAGCACUCCUUCCAUCGAGUUGUUGCCUUUCCAUAGUGGUGUCGCGCAUAGUGAUGCUGUCAUGUCAUUAAAAUGGUCCCCUCACGUAACAGACAAAUUCGCUACUGCUAGUCGUGAUAGAUCCUUUGCUAUAUGGGACCUCAAGAACAGACAUUGCCCGUUCUACAAGUCUCCUGGUCAAAUGUCCUUAUCUCUGUGCUGGUUGCCAUUUAAUUUUUGUGUUCUUCAAGGAAUGGAAGAUUGUUACUCAAACUUGGAGGCAUAUGUCAGAGCUGAGUCUUAUGACCAUGUUGUUGAUGAUGAAGUGGCCUUAUCGGACCCUGUAGUUACACAGUCCGACUGUAUAUGGGGAUUGACGUGCUCAAAUUGGCUUAUGGUUAUUCUGGCUACCAACAACUCAGGGAUUAUAGGUGGGUCCAUUAUGCCUCAGCUGAAAAGGACAGAAGUCAAACGAUUCAAUCGUCGACCAGUGUAUUUAUUUGAGACUGCUGUUCAUGAGAAGAAUUUUUGUAAAGAGAAAUUAAACUCAGAUAAAAAGGAAGGAACUGAUUCAACUGUUUUGAAAUCAUAUGAAAGUGGGAAGAAUUUGAUAUACUUGGAAUACAAAGAAUAUGACCCAUCAAAGGUCAGAAGGAAGGUUCCUAAAUUCACAGUCCCAGCAGAUAAUAUCAGAAGUUUUGCUUUCCGUGCUUUAUACAGGAUCGAAAUGAGUCCCAACAUCCAAAGUUGUGUGUGGGUCGUGUCGGGCGGACAAGCUGGAAUCGUGAGAAUACACAGCGUAGCGCCACAGUUGCUUUCCUCUACACUGCAGGAUUUAAAAGAUGUACGCCAGUUGCUUAAUUUGAAAUAAAAGAAAACAGAUUUAAAA